AUAUAUUAGGUGCGUGCCAUCACUGUACUGUAGUUAUUUAGACUGACAGUUACGUGUCUUUUAAGUAAUCUUGAUCGCUCGGUUGUACGCGACAAGAUACGAGACAAGACAAAAAUGGCCGGCCCGGAAAAUGCUGAUGCCGGUUCAAUCCUGAAGAAACUCAAUUUGCCGCCAGUUACGCGAUGCAGUCUCGCAAAGUUCUACGUACCGGCAUUCGGCGCCGCUUCGUAUACAGCGAUGUCCAUCAACGUCAUGAACCCGAGCCUCGUUAUCAAAGUGUUUCCAACAAGGGACAUUACAAAUUUCUUGUUGGCUGGUACUCUGGUUGGCACAGGAUCUUACAUCUACACACGUGAACAUGUGAAGAAAGCUCCGCAGAAUCAAAGAAUAUUAUACAGUGUUACAGGUGCUGUAUUGUUAAGUCUGGGAUCUGUCUUACUGUGGGCUGUGGUACGUUCGAUAAUACCACCAAGCCCUGCAAUCUGUACAGUAGCUGGUGUUAGCAGUGGAUUAGCGUUAUUGAAAAUUGGCUCCAAUUAUCUGGAGUUUGUUGAUGGACAGAUAGUGAAAAAGUAGGAUGUUUCUACGCACUUUGUUUUUUUUUUUUUUUUAUUGUAACUUUGUUAUCUCAAAUUGUGAAGAAAGAAUUGUGAAAUUGUACCUUACCUUGAACAAGCACUAACUUCAAGUGUUAUUGAAUUUCACUGUCUUUUGAUCUGAUGUUUUUUGUGUACUCCUUUUUGCGCAAUGAGAAUUCAGUGAAAGUAAUAUUUGCUAAAAAAAAAAAACUUCUGAAGGUUUUACACAACAUAGUGUUUUGUCAAUAUUUCAGUACUAUCGCAUUUACAUUUUUGUGCGUGUACAUGAAAUUUUAUUAUAAAAAACAAAGGUAAGAAAGAAAGAAAUUUAAGAGAGUCAAUUGUGUAUUUAUAUAUUUUUUAAAACAGUGACUUAUAUAUGAUAGAGAAAUUACAGAAAAAAAUAACGAGAAAGAAAAUUUAAACUUGAACAACAUUUAAGUUAAAGUCAGUAAAAGAAUGUUCUCAAAUGUCAAAUGUAUGUAAUGCUGUUUUCUUAAAAUUAUAAAUUUGAACGUUGAUAAAAACGA